UUGAAAUGUUUUACAAAGCUAGAGCUACCUAGAGCGUCAAAAGAUUGCCUGAAAUUGUGGCCAAAGACAUAUUUUAGACCUAGAAGCGUCCUAGAAGAGAUAAGAAAAAGAAUUUAAGGAAACGCUCUCGUCAUUUUUGCCGAGUUGCAAUCUCAAGGCCGCGAUGAGACUACAGCUGGUGUCGAAAGGAAACGUCGCGAUGUCAGGUCCAUCCCCUCGUCACAAUCACGCCCGUUGAAUCAACACGUAAAAUCAACGAAGAUCAUGUAUCCCGGACGGCAGCAGUCCUCGCAUUAGCCGAGUCGCGAUGGAAUUUCCAUUGAACGCAACGACCGAGCUGUUCAACCACUCGGAUUACUUCAACACCGCCACUCCGACGAAUGUUUCCGCCACUACCGCAGACUCGGAACUAAAUCUGCCCUAUACCGUGUGCGAGAUUCUCGUGGCGAUCUGCGCCGUCUUUGGCAAUGGCCUGGUCAUCAUCGUUUUCGGCAAGGAGCGGAAGCUACGCAGACGCACCAACUACUAUAUCGUCUCGUUAGCCGCGGCCGAUUUGCUGGUCGGCCUAUUCGCCAUCCCCUUCGCGAUCCUGGCGAGUAUCGGCCUGCCGACGAAUCUACGCGCCUGUCUCUUCACCGUAUCGGUCCUCGUGGUCUUAUGUACCAUCAGCAUCUUCUCCUUAGUAGCGGUGUCCGCCGAUCGCUACUGGGCGAUACUGUACCCCAUGGGAUAUUCGCGCACGGUGCGCACCAAAACUGCCAUAGGUAUAAUAUGCGUGUGUUGGAUAGCGGGCACAUUGGUAGGUUUCCUGCCGCUUCUAGGAUGGAAUGCCAGCCAGACGGACGGCCACAGAUGUAUCUUCACGAAAGUGAUGGACUACAAUUACCUCGUGUUCCUGUACUUCGCCACCAUCAUCUUCCCCGCCCUGCUGAUCGCGGCCUUUUACGCCCAUAUAUAUCGCGUGAUCGUGAAGCAGUUACAGCAAAUCGUCACGGUGGACUCCAGUGGUAGUAAUGCCGCGGCCGAUCGCCGUCUCGGUGGUGGUGGUCUUCGCCGUGGUCGCGCGAGUAAUCAGGCGACAGGGACAAUGCUGCGAGUGCUUGGCGCGGCGCGCAAGAGAGAGGUCAAGGCCACGCAGAAUCUCUCGCGUAUCGUCCUCUUCUUCAUCAUUUGCUGGUUUCCGCUCUACACCAUCAAUUGCGUGAUGGCGUUUUGCUCCGAAUGCGAGGUGAACGACUUCUUCAUGAACUUCUGCAUCAUUCUCUCGCACAUCAACUCGGUUGGCAACCCGCUUCUCUACGCCUACCAUCUCAAGGACUUUCGCGCCGCGUUGAAGAAUUUUGUAUGGCGACUGCUGUUCCCACACAGCGACGUCAAGUCCAGUAUGAUCAGUGUGAUCCACGACCGAGGAUCUCUCGUCGGGUCGCAGAGACAGCUUCAAGCGCGAUUUAGUGGCCUCGCUCAGCCGGGAAGUCGAAAGUCGAGUUUGCUGCGUCAGGCUGUCGGCGACAUGAGGGCAGGUGGUGUGUAUCCUGAGAGACGCAUAUCGUCGAUACGAGAAAAAGAACAGCAUCAAGAUACGAUGGAUAUCAAUGCAGUCGGAACUGUUGUAAUAAUUAGCAAUUCUACAUUGAAUGAAAAAUCAAGCAAAGAAAAAUCUGUUAACGAUGCCGAGAAAGCAACCCAUACUUCUUCGAUAGAACUACAAACGUACAAGUCAUUGGCGCCACUCCUGCCCGCCGAGGAAGACCAUGUGGAAGAAACACCGCCCGCAUCGAUCUUCGUGAUUGAAGCUGAUGUAAAUCAAGCCACUUCUGAUCGUUUCCACUUCGCUCUGCGUCUCUCGUCGCCCGACGAGGAAUCUCGGGAAAGAAUCGAUGUAGCAGUCGGAUAAUCGAUCCGUAAUGAUGAACGAGAUGACGUGAAAACUAGUCACGUCCAUUUGUGUACUAUUAGAACAAUAGCCCUAGUAUAAUGCCCGAUUGUUAUGUGAAUGUUGAUGAGUUUAAUGAAUUUCAUAGUUAUACCUUGCUCCUCGUCUCUGUUACGUAUUUAUUUCGCAUCGAUCAUAUUUAGUGCCAGUAAGAUUGUUUAUGCUGUCUUAAAUGAAGAAAUGUUUCUGAAAUAGUCUCUGAUACAGUUGUGAGUCUUUCAAGUUAUAGUUAUGCAAGUUCUCCUAUAGUUAUAAGGCUCCGAAUCCUCUUUAAGAGGCCUGAUCAUGACUGUGUGAAUAAAUAAGUCAGCUGAAAAGAGCACGCAUAUGUACGAUAGCACAUUCGGGACUUUAAUGUUAAUUAACGUGGACACAUAAGUGUGUUAUUGCGUUGCAAAGAAAAUUGGUGUCAUUAACAUAUGUAAUUCAUACAUGUAUAUUAGAGAUGUGUGAAUCAAG